AGACGAUCCUUCAUGUCCUCAGCGAGUCUUCGAACACGCUGUUUACAUUGGAAGUAGUACCUGGGUUCUUAUUAAAACUUAAACAAAAAUUAACUCAAUAAGUAGCCAAGAUGUUGCAGCUUGUUCCAGUUCUUUUGGUCCUUUUUAUUUUACAAGUCGACUACUCUUCAGCUUGUGGUAGCCCAAGUGGAGGCCCCGGUGCCUCCGGAAGAAUUUCAGAAAAUGCAAUUGCUGACCCAAUGAUUUCGUAUCCGUGGCGAUCAUGGAAUCCAUACGAUCCUUACGGUUUCCAGUACCAACCGAGUCCUCGAUUUCCUCAAGAUCCUGAGGGUUCAGCAAAUACUUUCUUCCGCCAUCAUCCGAACAACCUCGGCAGCUGCAGAUCUUCAUGUACCGGAGAGAGGGGCAAUUGCUUAGACAGCCAAACGUGUUCCCUUGCAGGCGGCCGAGCCAGUGGCUCUUGUGAAAACAACCUCGUCUGUUGCAUUAACGUGGUGAAUAGUUGCAAUCGUGGUUGGGCAAGGCACGCUGAAACUGUCAUACUCAACAACACCUAUUGGCAAUCAUCUUUGAAACCGAUCAAACCGUCGUCCAGUUGUUCGUUGACAGUGAAGCUGGACUCGAGAUGGCCUGCUGGAUUGCCACCUCCUGUUCCACCAACGUCCUUCGUUACGCCCGUCUGCCAAGUUCGUUUGGAUUUCCUGGUGUUUACAAUUUCCCAGCCGGAUUCAGAAUCCGUCUGCAGCGGUGACUAUUUCGAAGUAGCCGGAGCCACGAACACAGUCCCCAAUAUUUGCGGAUUCAACGAUGGACAGCAUAUGUAUUUGCACGUGCCGAAUUCGGCCAUCGCCCCAACGGAUCUCCAACUGACGUUUAACUUUGGAGCGUCAAAUAGCGAAGUCCGCGCAUGGAACAUUUUGAUUUCCAUGAUCCCCUGUGAUUCCCCAAGACUAGCUCCAUCGGGUUGCCUCCAGUAUUUUACAGCACGAACGGGAAGCGUCCGUACGUUUAAUUGGCGAGAUGUUGUCGGUACAGCCACUCGCCAAUUAGCCAAUCAAGACUACAGUAUUUGCUUCCGAGCAGCCCCAAGUACUCCCAGACAAUUAUGCCUGACACCGUGCACGGUGGUCACGACACAAAAGGCAUUCAGUCUUAGCACACCAAAUGCGGGGAUUGUUGGCGCUGCGACGACUACUUUUGUACCCGUGCCCGAUGUUAGUCAAGUGGGAUCCCUCGACUGCAACAAUGACUUCAUCGUCAUUCCUGGAGGAUUCAAUAUCGGCAAUCCCGCGCCAGUUCCGAAUAUGGCCUUUGAUCGUUACUGCGGAGAGAGGCUGAACGCUCUUCCUAGAAACAACGCAUCCACAACUAUUUGCACCACUGCAACGCCAUUUAGAGUGUUGUAUCGCACCAAUCGUGACGAGACGUUGACUUUCCCAACGGCAGAUUCUAUUCCAAUCAAUUCCAUUCCGGUCAACGGAAACCGUGGAUUCUGUCUCAACUUUAAAGUUUAAUGAGAUGAAUGGUGGUUGAUGUUUUGAUUUCUAUCUGGUGGCAGUUUUAAAUUCAAAAGGAUUGAUGGGAAUACACGUUACACAUUCUUGGA